AUGAACUUUGGUUUUAGAUUCAAAUAAAGUAAACCCAUUAAAUUUCCAAAAACUGAGGUAAUUAUAAUUCAUAUUCUAAAAGAAUUAAUUACUAAUACAAAUUGGUUAAUGUAGAUAAAAGAUAUCUGAAUUUAAUUGGCAAGAUUGUAAUAAAGGAGAUGUAAAUGCAUGUCUUUAACUUGAAAAUUUACUCACUCAAUACAUUCUUUUCUUAGACUAGGUGAUUGAAGAACAACCUAAAAUCGAUAUAUCAUUCUAAUGGAAUGAUUCUUAUGAACCUGUAAUCAGAUAGAAUAUUUUAGAAUAAAUUUACUCAAUCCAAAUAAUGGCAUUAUGAAUACUCCUGUUCUAUGUAUAAUCUUGGUCUACUUUACUAUCAUUUGGGAUAAAAUAUAACAAACCUCAAAGAUGCUAUUAAUAAAAAUCGAAAUUCUUAAUGGUGUUUUUAAAGACUGUCUGAAGUGAUUGUCUUUGUCAAUUCAAAAACUGUUCAUUAACAUUCAGAUCUUUCUUAUGUUCAUAUUCAUAUGCAUAAUUGUUAUGUAAUCAUAUUACUCUUACCAUUAGGCCAAUGCAUUUGGAUAUAGGAAAUUAUAUGAGCAUUUUUAAAAUAAUAAGAAUCCUGAUGAAUAAUUGGAAGCUUUAGGAUUAUUGUAAGAGGCAUCUAAAUUAUAUGAAUAAACAAUUAGAUGUUUAAUGUAAACCAAAUAAUGUAAUAAGAAACCUAUUCCACCAAUCAUUUAUAAUUAAUUACUUGAAUAAUUUUCAUCUGAUUAUGUCAUCUCUUAAGUUAUUUCUAAUUUAGAAUUAGCCAAAUUUAUGGCAUCUACUGCCAAAGAAGUUCCUAAAGAAUAAAGGAUGGGAAAAGCAUUAACAUAUUUAAAUAAAGCUGAACAAUCUAUUUCAGAAUUCUUUAAGAAUUUUAAAGAAAAAAAGGAAUUUUUAUAAAUAAAAUUAUCAUAGGUUUAAGCACUUAAAAAAGAGUAUCUAUAUCUUAAUGAAAAUGCAUAUAAACAUCCAUUGGCUAAAGAAUAUGAAUUAUUAUAAUUGCCUGUAAAAUAAGAUCUCAUUAAACCUAAAGCACCUGAUGUAUUCAAUAUAGAAAAUAAAAAAUAAUUAUAAGAAUAAUUUUUAAUAGAAAGUUAAUAAUUAAUCUAAUAAAUUAAUUCUAGUAAGACUAAGGCUUAAUAAAAAUUAAUAGAUUUACAAAAUAAUUUUAAUUCUAUUUAUAGAUAAUACAACAUUCAAUUUAUGGUUGAUUCUUUUUAAAAUGCUGAAUCUUUAAAAUUAACUCCAUCAAUAUAAUAAAAGGUACAGUUCAUAAAGGAUAGAGGAGGAUGGAAGGGAUGUCAAAAUUAAAUUUAAAGGAUCCAUUCAUUAUAAUAGGAUUAAGGAAAGAGAUUAAUAAACAUAAAAAAUCAAUUAGAUUUAUAAUCAAUGUAACGUGGACCUCCGAAUCAAGGACAUUGGUUAUUAUCACAAUAGAUAGAAAAUUUUAGAAAAAUGGUUGAAGGUAAUAAAUGAAAUUAUUAAUGAAUAGAUAUAUAAAAAAAGCUUUUAGAAGCUAGUUUAAUUAAUAGAACAACAGAUGAAUAGAUAAAGAGUAUUAAAGAUCAAUUAUUGUUUAUUGAAUAAAAUAGUGAUUAAAUGUUAGUCAGUAAAAUGUAGACAUCUUUAUAGGAAUCUUAAAACUUUUAUAGGAAGAAUAUUUAAACAUUAAAAAGGUUAUCUAUUAUUGUUGAGAGUAUAAUGAAUAAGAUAGAUUUAAUAAAGAUCUAAUUAGCAAAUUUAGAAAAAUAUAUUGAUGAUUUUGGCUUUGGUUAGAGUGCAAACUAGGCAAUUAAUUAAAAUACUCUAUUGUAAGCAGCGAAGAUAAUUUAAAUUAGGAUGACAGAAUAUGAUGCUAUUGUAUAAAUAUUAUUAAUUUAGUUUAAUUCAAUCAAUCUAAGUGAACUUGAAAAGAUUGCAUCAGAUUUAGAAGAUAAAUAAUUAUUCCUAGUGAUAGCUAAUUAGGGAGAAUAAGAUUUUGAAAAUCAACUGAAGAUGAUUUAAGAUGCAUUUUACAACUUAGAGUAUGCUCAAUAAUUUUAUGAGUAUGCUUCAUAAUCUUUAAUUUUAGUUCCAUUUCAUAGUAGGUAUCUUAAUUGGCUAACUUAAUUAACGAACUCACAAAUAAUAGUGAUUGA